AGAUAGCCAAAACCCAACAACCUCUCAACUCCAAAGUCAUAAAACGUAAAAAAAUCGAAAGACUGAUAACCCUAAUCCUCCCUUCUGCCUUUCUCGCUCGCUUCACUUCCUCUUUUACAGACCAUCGACCACCCCUUCAAUAUUCGCGAAAUCCAUCACCGCCCAUUCUCUUGCUUUCUCUUUCUUUCUCUGCAUUUAAUUUGGACUUAGAAUCGUAAGCUUCUGGAUUUCUAAUCAUGUCUUGGUGCACUAUUGAGUCUGAUCCUGGUGUCUUCACAGAACUUAUACAACAAAUGCAAGUCAAAGGUGUGCAGGUUGAGGAGCUUUAUUCUUUGGAUCUUGAUAUUGUUGACAAACUUAGGCCUGUAUAUGGGUUGAUUUUCCUUUUCAAGUGGCACCCAGGGGAAAAAGAUGAACGUCCUGUGAUGAAGGAUUCAAACUCUAACCUCUUUUUUGCCAGUCAGGUUAUUAACAAUGCUUGCGCAACCCAAGCAAUUCUUUCUAUCCUAAUGAAUUGUCCAGAUAUCGACAUUGGUCCUGAAUUGUCAAAACUGAAAGAAUUCACUAAGAAUUUUCCCCCUGAACUCAAAGGUUUGGCCAUAAACAACAGUGAAGUCAUACGUGCAGCUCAUAACAGUUUUGCGAGACCUGAGCCAUUUGUUCCUGAGGAGCAUAAGACUGCUGGAAAAGAUGAUGAUGUAUACCAUUUUAUAAGUUACUUGCCUGUUGAUGGAGUGCUUUAUGAGCUUGAUGGCUUGAAAGAGGGUCCCAUUAGCCUUGGCCAGUGCAGCGGUGGACCCAAUGAUCUGGACUGGUUGCAUAUGGUGCAACCAGUGAUCCAGGAACGCAUGGACAGGUACUCAAAAAGUGAGAUAAGAUUCAAUCUAUUGGCAAUAAUCAAGAACAGGAAAGAAAUAUAUACUGCCGAACUGAAGGAGCUCCAAAGGAGAAGGGAACGUAUCUUGCAGCAGUUGUCUGCAAUCCAAUCAGACAGACAUGUAGACAGCAGCAACUUUGAAGCAUUGAACAAAUCAUUAUCCGAGGUAAAUAGUGGGAUUGAGAAUGCAACCUCAAAGAUUUUAGGGGAGGAGGAAAAAUUCAAGAAGUGGAGAACGGAAAAUAUUCGUAGGAAGCACAAUUACAUACCCUUUUUAUUCAACUUCCUGAAGAUUCUUGCUGAAAAGAAGCAGCUGAAGCCCCUUAUUGAGAAGGCCAAGCAAAAGUCAGGGGGGAAAGUGUUUUCUGGUUAGAUUUGGUGAUGUUCCUCUAUCCUCUCUCACUAUUAGGAUUUUUAGAGGUCUGUGUGUUAUGAUUUAUUCAUAUAUAUAACUUUGCUGUUAGUACAAUUAGAUGGAGCCGUAGUCGGCAAGUCCUGUUAACAUGUAGAACUACUGGUUGCUCACAAUCACAUACACACUAUAAACUGUGGUGAAUUGUGUUUUGAUGCAUAGGAUAAGAAAAAAAAAAAAUAGAAAAAUUGAAUUGUAUUGAUUUCUUCUCAGUCCAGUUAUAAUUUUAUUAAA